CUUCCCAUCUGGAAUACCCGCCAAACGCCAAGGAUUGGUGAAUGAGGGCAAUUUUGGUCCCCUUGCAAAUGUCAAGGUUAAUUUUUAAUAUUGUUCGUUUGCUGCUUGUGAAAUGCAAUGUGUCACUGGGCCAGCUUCGCCGUGGCCCUCAUCCUUCUGGAAUUGGUGCGCUCCACAUGUAGUUGCACGCUCUACAAGCAGCAUUGCCAAUGCAGAUUCCGUGAAAAAAUAUUUCAACUUGAAUGACGCGGUUUCUUUCCUUAGCUCACGCGGUGGGUGUCAAUUAUUGUGUUGAUCCUUCUUUUGUUGCACAUCGCUUCAUACACUGCAGUACAAGAUCGUACUUGUGACACGCUGCCCGUGAUUGAAGAACUGUAUCUACAAUCAUAGGUGAAGACCAUAUUGAAGUACAGUACAGUGGUGUAAUGUAUAUGGUCGGUGACAUCAUGUACAUGUGUGUGGUUGACUGAUUCCUGGAUUUUACUUUACUCCACGUUUCGAGAGAACCACACGGAAGAUAUAGACUAGGAGUGCGCGGAAGUCCAUGCGUUCAGUACGUCCUGAGGAUGAAUCGACUGACCUAUGCGAUUUUAGCUGGAGGCCGCUGCGCGAGACCUUACUGUACUCGCGCUCAACCUGUUACAAAAAUACUACGAAUUUCGGUAGACAGAGGUGUAUCCUAUUCUAAGCUUGAAGGCGCACCAGACAAGUACACUGUGGUGUAUCAUCCUGGAUUUCUCAGUUGCAAAUGGGGUCAGAAGUCAACGAUGUUGGCUGAAUUUUGUCGAGAAAAACGGUUAUCAUUUCUGACAUAUGAAUAUGAAGGUGUUGGGGAGAGCCCUGGUCUGUCUCUUGAUAAAACGCCUUUUCAUAAUUGGGUUGAAGAUGCCAAGUUGAUAAUGGAGAAUUGCACUGAAGGGCCGGUAAUAUUUGUUGCGUCCUCCAUGGGAACAUGGCUUUCGACCCUCGGAGCGCAGGAUUUCUUCGAUCGUGUGAAGGGAAUUAUUUUAGUCGGAGGUGCCUUCAAUUUCCUCUACAAAUACUAUGUUCAAUUCCAGAAAUUCGCGUCAUCGGAGGAUAUGGAAAUGCCGUACCAACAAAUGAUGCAAGACAUUCCAAUGGUCUUCCCCGAAGCCAAAAUUGAUUUCUAUUUGCGAAGGAACGGUUACCACCGAAUGGCAGAGCCUGAAGAUCUUCAGCUUUUAAGAAAUACCCUGGAGGAACUCAUACGCUCUUUAUGAAGUAUGCAGACAGGGAAUUCUUGAAUUAGGACUGGCUUUUGGAUGAAUUGUUCAGAAAGCAUUGUUCUGUGAAUUGCCUCAGGUCAAAAUCUUUGGUUAAGGAGAACUUUGCAAUUCCCUUAUUUCUUCGCGGGCUAUUAUAUUUGAAAUUCUGUGGACAACACUUGAAUCUUUUACAUUUGGCGACUGACCGAUUCUGCUAUGAAAAAUAGGUCAUACCUGGAAGCAACUUGCCAUGCGGUAGUCGAUGGCGACUGGGCUGAUUAUACGGGCU